CAUUCCGCUGAGCAGUCAUGUGUCUCUAGAAAGCUCUUCCCUUUUCCCCCUUUUAAUGCUUUUAUGAGCCAGUUAAAUCGACUUAAAUAGUGAAGUUUACUUAUCGCAAUCCUUGCAAACGCACCGAAAACCCGCCGGUUUAUUGCCAAAACAGCAGAGGGAAAUGAACUAUGGUGUUAUUUCAGAUUAAAAGCAGGAUUCUGAUUAAAAAGUGGGCCGAGCAGAGGACACCAUCUCCGCCCACUCUGCCGCUGGUCAUGCGGCCUCCACUGUUUUGAUCCACAGCUCGGACAGGAGGGCAGAGAUGGCGGAAGACUGGAUAUCCGGGUGACUUCUUCAGGAGACCCGACUACUAAAGAAAAAACAAUAACUCCGUUGUACGAGAUAAGAUAUUGGAGUUAUCAGGGAAACUGGCAGCUUUGUACGGUACGCGGCUCCGGCCGGAGGACAUGGAGAUCUCUGCGGAGGGAGAGGCGGAGGAGCGCAGGAGGGAGCAAUGGAAACUACUGUCCAGUCUGAAGACCACAGUGGAGGGUCUCGUGUCCACCAACAACCCCAAUGUGUGGUCACGAUACGGCGGCUUGCAGCGGCUCCACAAGGACAUGAACAACAUCCUGAGCCAUGGGCUGAAGAAUGAGCAGGUGUACUACAAACAGAGAGACUACUGGCCGUUUGUGUGGUGUGUUCGCUACAUCAGCCCCCACCUCGCCUCACACGUAGAACAGUUCAGUCGCUUGGAGCCGGUGCUGAGCAGCGGGAUGCAGAGUGCUGGUGAGAGCUACAAAGCUGAGCGCUGGCUGCUUCACAGCUUACAGGUUCACAUGCUGUCGGCUCAGCUCCGACCUUUGCUCCGACAUCUGGGGCACACACGCAAAUAUUAUAAUGAUGAUGCCUUUCUGCUGAGCGAGCCUCAUGUGACCGCCAUGUUCCAGUGUCUGGAAGCUGUGGAGCAGAAUAACCCCAAACUACUCGCCCAAGUCGACACUUUCGGGCUGUCGCCUCUGAAGGGCCCACCAUGUCUGGGCCUAUUGAAGAGCCAGAGCCUGUGUGUGUUGCCAGGGGCUGGUGGGGCUUGGAGGAACGCUGACUCGGCUCCCAGAGGAGACUCUCUAAAUCGCAGACUCACCACUUCCAACUGCUCUCUCCGAGAAGCAGUCACAACCAGCCACAACUCUGGGAACACAACGGGAUUCGGGUCCCAAAGCAACAACAGCACAAAUACUACCUCUACAGUCAGCAGCCUGGGAGCUCCCUGGGUGUGUGUGUCCAGGCCGGGGGAGAGCGAGCGGGGUGUGACGCCCCCACCUGGCCCUGUCUCGGUCCCUUGCAUCUCCCUCACAGAGUCCCCCUCAUCAACUUCCCUUCAGCCAGAGGCUGUGGACUCCUGUGACGGCGAAUAUGACGACGGCCCAGAGUACCUGGCUAUUGGUAAUUUGGGGCGGGGCAGCCGCCGUGACUCCCGAAGCUCCACCCACAGCAGUGAGCCAGGCCUCACCCAGGACCAACGGAGUACCCUUGCCCCGGCCCCACCCAGACGCUCAUCAUUCUCAGAGGGACAGAAGGGUCCAGGCCGGGGGUCCAGGGGACACACCCGCUCGUUAUCAGACACAGGGGUCAAUCAGAAACUCAGGAAUGAAUCGGCAGGGGACGACUGCUGCAUAAAGGAGUAUAGCCCUUUCUCACCUCAGCGCAGUGAUGUCAGCACCCCCAGUUCACUCUACAUGGAGUCUUGGUCCCAUGGGUCCCAGUGCAGCGGUGUUCCUGAUGGGAUGUUCAGGAAGCCGUCAGAGGGUCAGAGCCUCAUCAGCUACCUGUCAGAGCAGGACUUUGGCAGCUGUGCUGACCUCGAGAAGGAGAACGCACAUUUCAGCAUUUCCGAGUCCCUUAUUGCUGCCAUUGAGCUGAUGAAGUACAACCUGCGGCGUCAGGAGGAGGAGGGCGAGGAGGAGGGAGACAGCGACUGUGAGAUUCAGCAGCUCAAACAGAAGAUCCGCCUGCGAAGGCAGCAGAUCAGACGCAGCCGCCUGCCGCCCUGUGCAAACUCCCAGCGCCUUUUCCACUCCACUGACAGCGGAGGCUCCAGAAGGAGCUCUCAGGACUCCUGCCAGGGCCUGUCUGACUCCGGCUCAGCGGAGGAGGUGGAGGAGUGCGAGCUACGAGAUGGCUGUGAGGGUCAGUCCCUGCUGGCGGUGUCUCAGAACGGCCUCUCCCUGUCACUCGCCUCCCUCUUCUCAGAUGCGGACAUUAAGCGCAGUGUAAGCUCCAGCAGCAGGUCGUUUCUCAGCUCAGACUCCAUCUCUCCAGCCUUCCUCCAGUCUAACUCCGCUGAGUCAGUAGCCAUGGGUUUACUCAAGCAAUUUGAAGGCAUGCAGCUUCCUGCAGCCUCGGAGCUCGACUGGCUGGUCCCAGAACACGACGCUCCACAAAAGCUGCUGCCCAUCCCCGACUCUCUGCCGAUCUCUCCUGAUGAUGGUGAACACGCCGACAUCUACAAGCUGAGGAUUCGGGUCCGAGGCAACCUGGAGUGGGCUCCACCCCGACCGCAGAUCAUCUUCAACAUUCAUCCCGCCCCAAAGAGGAAGAUAGUUGUGGCUAAACAGAACUACCGAUGCGCUGGCUGUGGCACCCGCAUCGACCCAGAUUAUAUCAAGCGCUUGCGUUACUGUGAAUACCUCGGCCGUUACUUCUGCCAGUGCUGCCAUGAGAACGCCCAGGCGGUGGUUCCUGGUCGAGUGCUGAGGAAGUGGGACUUCAGCAAGUACUAUGUCAGCAACUUUGCCCGGGACCUGCUGAGCAAGAUUGCCGGAGACCCGCUGUUCAACCCCAAUGACAUCAACAGUGGCCUGUACAAGAAGAUCAAAGCUCUGGAGACCGUCAGGGUUUUGAGGGUGCAGCUGUUUCAUAUGAAGAACCUCUUCAAGACCUGUCGCUUUGCUAAAGAGGUGCUGGACCAGUUCGACAGUCUUUCCGGUCACCUGACAGAGGACCUCCACCUCUUCUCCCUCAAUGACCUCAGUGCUGUGCGCAACGGAGAACUGGCUCCUCGAAUGAAAGAGCUGCUUAAACUUGGUACCAUGCACGUAGCUGGCUGCGUGCUGUGCCAGGCGAAGGGCUUCGUGUGCGAGUUCUGCGGCAAUGAAAAAGACAUCAUCUUCCCCUUCCAGCUGAACAAGUGCCAGCGCUGCGAAGAAUGCCACGCGUGCUACCAUCGCAACUGCUUCAAGACGGGUAAAGAGUGUCCUCGAUGUCAGCGGCUGGCGGAGAGGAGGGAGAGGAUGGCGCGCAAAAACAUGGAGGAGCAAGAGGACGAGGGAGGUGGGACGUAGUGCUGGUGUCGGGACACCUUGAGACUAAAGAAGAGCACAAUGCGACCAUGAUUGUAGUGACUGACCACCUCUCUUUCCGUUCCAGUCCUCACAGACCUCGGUGACGAUACUUGCUGCAAACAAAUGUUUUCAUCUCAAGAGAUUGCCAGAUAUUUAGGUUUUACUAAGGUUGAUUUCCACAUGCAAGUUGUGCCCCUUUCACACAUGCACUUGACUCUGUUUAUAGGCUUUUUGUGUCAGCGUAACUUUUUUAAUAGACUUGAUUUUCCAAGAAAAUGUGUCGAUUUUUACAGAUAAAUCGCUCAGGCUUUCCAUUUUUCAAGUCAGGAUUUCCUUCAGGAAAACAUGGCUUUAAAAAUAUUAAAACACUUUCUAUUCAACUUGAGGUUAUUUAAUUCUCGAGGUGGGAAUCACUAGAAGCCCCAUGACAGAUAUCAUCAGGAUAUUUAAGUUGCAUUGAAUUAUUAUUGUAAUUUUGCGACAUACUGAGUAUACUGAUAACAUAUAUUGCAAUUUAUUUCCUUUCUCUGCUGCAAAUUAUGUCCUCAAAGAAGACAAAUACUGUUAAUUUGUAAUUAAAUAAAACAUCUUAAGUCGGCACCAUCUAGAUGACGAAAACAAGCAUUUAAUUUUUAUUAUUUCAGCAACAUAAAUGUUUAAGUAGUAUUUGUAAAAUGAAUAAUUUCAAUAAGGAAAUAUCAAUACUUCGGGCCGUGUAUCAAUAUAAUCUAAUGUCAUGCAAAAUGUUGUGCUAUUAUGCUCUCAAUUUGUCCCAUUUAAAUAAUUAUUUAUCACUUUUUCGUGAACAUAAUAAGUAAAAUUUCGAACUUUGGUCAACCCUAGUGGCGGUAUGAAAAAAAGACAUUGUGGCAGCUUUGUGAAAAAGUUAUGUGACAAAAUCUUCUGCCUUACAGGAAUAUUUGAUGCUGGCUAUGUUGCAGUUUCAUGUGUGAAACGGGCCUGAGAAUCACUUCAUGUCUUGGCACUUUGUUCCCCUGUGGUAAAACGAAUAUAUUUGGUAUUUGAGUAGAUCAGAAAAACAAGCAUUUGCUCAGAAUAUUGUAACCAGGUUUGAUAUUUCUCCUUCCUAUUAUUGCAGCUUCAGGCAACUGCUUCACCUCUGGUAAUUUUAUUGGCUACUGGCUUAGCUGAAGUUUGUUUUUGUGACCUAAAAAGGCAGGAUCUAUUGUUUUUAAAAAACAAAUGACAAGUAAAAAGUUAUAAUUUCUUUUAUGUUUUGACUGAUUUUCCAGUGCAGAUACUGUAUUUGAGCAAUCCUGCCCCAUAUUUUGACAUUUUUAUUUUAAUUAGAAAAUAUUGAAGAUAUUUAACUAAUCCAUUAUUCUGUUUAUCCUGUUUUAAGCUCUUUUAGCUGCGCUUAUGUGCCUCUGGGACCAAUGAACUUAGACUGGUAGAGCUAGUGGAGUUACAUUGGUAAGUUGAGUUUAAAGAAGGACUGGACUUCAGAGUUGCAAAUAUUUUAAAUGAAACUGCAAAUGCUCCAUUUUUGUGCUGCUUUGUGUGAGUGUGUGUGCGCGUGGUUACUAGAAAAAGCUGUGUGAAUAAGAGUGUGUGUGUGUAUGUGCACACAUGUCUACCUGCUGUACAUGCAGCCAUGCACAAAUGGUGUGCACCAACCUAAUCAGCACUUGUUUUCUAACGCCGUAGGUUUUGGAAUAAUGGAGCGAGUCGAGUUAAUUGCACUGAUCCCGUCUGUUGUUGAGGGGAGUUGGGACGUCACUCUUUUGGGAUUUUUCUGAUGUUCGUUGUAAGAACAUGAACCUUCACCGUGAAAUGUUUCUGUUUCUCUAAUGAAGCUCCUGUCACCUGGGUUGCACUACGUUGUAAGAUUGCAGCAUGCGGUAACGGUAUGAGAUUUUCACCGUGUCAGUAUCGUGGUAUAUGCAAUUACAAAAUUAUUAUUAUUAAUUAGAACCCUUUAAAAAGAUUGAAAAGAGGUGGGUUUUUUUUUGGUUGACAAACACUUUGUCUUUAAGUGUCAGUUUAAGAAAUAAAUGAAAUCAAAUGUUUAAAAUAAAUCGACUAAAUUAAUAUUUUUCAAUACCGUAGAUGAGCAUAUGUGCACAGUUUACCGUAAAACCGAUGCUGCUGUAACCCUACGACAUACAUGGGCUUCAGUCACAAUUUAUUAGAUAAUAUUCAUACUCUUCACAUGCAGCAAAAUCCUCUUGGACUGAAAUUUUUCACAUUUAAGUGGGCUUUCUCCUCCAACAGAUCUUAAUCUCGCACAGGUUCCCAACCUCAUCAGCCCUUUAAGGUAUAUUUAUAUUAAAACAGUCAUUUUUCUCCAAGAUUGUUUUAUUUGGAGAAUUUUUAGAGAUGACAAAAGGCAAAAUAUUCAGUGUUUUUCUUUAGAAUAAAGCAGAAAUUGUAGGAAAGUCAGAAAAAAAUAGAAAGAAAAGCAUUUUUUAAAAUAACAUUUUCUGACUUUCUUGCCCCUCUAAUCAUCUGGUGACUCCUAAAGGUCCUGAUAAGUUUGGAACCUCUGGUCUAGUACACAUUUAAAACAUUUUAGACACUUCUCUACUGCUACGGCUUAUUGCUCCUAGGGCUAAAUCCUAAUUGUCAUUUAGUGACUCUGUCGUGAGUUAGAUUUACUAUAAGAAAUUAAUA